AUGUACCAUUCGAACCAUGAUGCGCUCCCAAUUCAUCAACCAUCUGAUGGCAGAAGCAUCAGCUAUGGACGAGAGCCGCUACCCUACAAUGACAAUGGCGACGACAGGGCGCAAAUGCCAAAUUUUAAUCCUCCCAGACUUCCUCCCAUAUCUUCAUUGCUAUCCUCUCUACCACCGGAACAAGUUGAGGAGGGUCAGACAUUCGAGGGCUCAUAUCGUCCGCCAUCGCAAGGACCACGGUCUCCAGUGGCAUUGAACAGACUAAUGUACCUACAUCAGCAACAGCGUAGUCCUCGGGAAAUUGAACCUAAUUUCAAGCACUCCCAAAGCCCGCUAUCUCCAUACUCGACAUGUCCACCGACACCCAUGUCAGAUGUCUUCGCGACAAGGGAAGGAUCUGUCGCAGCUCAUCACCAUGGCCCGUUUGCCCCUCCUAGGGCUCCGCAACCACUCCUCCCUCAGCCGGAAUGUAGACUGGUCGUCAUGCAACAGCCAAUAUCAGCACGAGCUUGUGGGUACGGAGACAAGGACCGCCGAAUGAUAGACCCGCCGCCAAUUCUGACACUCGAAGUAUUCGAUAAUGAUACAGGUCAGGCCGUCGAUCCGAAAGAGAGAAAGAAAGUCUUGAAUAGAUUCAUGCCGAUAGUGCAUUGUACACUAUGGAAUCCCUACACGAAUUGCGAAGAUGAUAAGAUCGAGGGAAGCAGUGACCGUAGAAACCAGAGAAGGAUGGUGGGAACGAUGGUGUGUAACGGUUUUAAAGCACUAGAUCCUCAUGGCGAUGAACGAUUCUUCUUCACUUUUGCCGAUUUGUCUGUUCGAUUCCCGGGUGACUAUCAAUUGAAGUUCAGAUUGACGUUGAUCGACCCAGCUGCAAUGGGGAAAGGUCAAAGAAAUGGGAUUAUGAGUCCAUUGUUGAGCAAUAUCUUCAGGGUACAUAAUGCCAAAGACUUCGAGGGUAUGAGGCCUAGCUCGGAUCUUGCGAAAUCUCUUGUUAGCCAGGGCUACCCAAAUAUUCUCAAGAUCAAGAAGGGGAAUGCGAAAACAAUUGCAAUGGUUGGCCACGGGGACGAUGAAGAUGACGAUGAUGAGAUGGGAGGAAUGUAA